UUUUUAAUAAGUGCUAUCUUCUCAUCAGGUGACAAAUCAUUUUGCUGCCUGGGUUCAGAAUCCUCAGUAUACUUUGUACAACUGCUUUUUCUUGCAACCUUUGUAUUCUGCUUAAAAUUGUGGAAAGUCUGGAAUAUAAGAUGCAUAUAAUGACCCAUCUGUUUGGAUUCUGGGAUGAAUGAUGACCUGAUCUGGGUAAAAUCUUGAUGGUAAAACAGGUAUUGCCCUUGUCGAUGAUGACCUUGUCAGUAUUCCAAGCAACAUCCAACUUGGGCCCUAAUAUUCUCAAGGAGUAUGUAAGCCAGUCGACUUUGCGUGGCCUCUGGUCGUCUGUGUGAUAAAUGUGGAGGCAACGAGCGAGCAGGGAAGUCUACCAUAUGCAUUACUGCUGCUUGCACGAUCAGUGACAUUUCAGGAUACAUUUUUAGUACUACAAAAUGAUUGAAACUGUGCUUCUUGGAAUCCAUGAGGGGGAAAUUAACUGAGAUUUCUGAUUAUAUUCUACGUGUGUAUUAACAUUUCCUGCUAGUCGAACGUAAUUUAUUUACUGAAUAUACUUUAAUUAACUUUACCUACUGCAGGUUCUCAUAUCCAUUUUGUUGUUGGUGAUAACGUGGUUUAGUUUAAGUGAAAGGGCUAUUUUAGAUGUAAACUCUGAAAAAAUAUGUUUUAAACGCGUGGACGGGUUGAAGUUGAGGGCCAGUGUUAGUACAACGGUGACUGUCGCGCGCCCCUUUUUACGUGCGCCCGACUGUCCCAAGUUAAGUGCGCGCGACGCGCAGGGCGUUCAUCAACCCAUCACCCCUGGCAACCGCGCAUUGUUUCUAGUGGUGUCCUCGGAGACGCGAAUGGCCAGAUAAAAGUAGAGACUGCAAGAAAGUAAGGAAGCUCCUGCUACACGUUUACUGCUGAAUGCACGAGCAUUGGCAUUUUUAAGAUAGUUUCCACUAUCCAUUUAAAAAUGAUUGAAACUGUCCUCCACGGAGUCCGUGAGGGGGAGAAGAACUCUCUGCUUACGCUGUCUAAACUCUCCGAAAGCGAUAUUGACAUCAUUUGGACACACAUUUUGUCAUUCAUCGAAGGGCAGAUGGCUCUUCAGAAGGGUGUCAAUGUCCCAGGACUGGGAAUGUUCACUUUCUCUCAGUACAAAUUAGACAUAGGACAUAAAUCACUUAUGACACAAAGGCCAGUAUUUCAGCUUUCUGAAAAAUUAGCACAAACUCAUGGAUUGGAGCAAUACAGAUUACCCAGUGCAGGGGAUGUACCAGUUGUCCCGUUGAACUUCACAAGCAUUGCCUUGGAGAGCUCUUUUGAUCGAGACACAGUCGAAGGAUGUAUGAGAGAUACACUUCUACUCUUGUCCCGCACCCUUGCUUCCAAACGAAAUGUUUUAUUUAAUUUUCGUGGAAUUGGUGUUCUCUCUGUACGUAAUGGAAAAGUAAAGAUGAAAUUUUACCGGGAUUUCCUCAACUCCAUGGACACCAGUGGCAACUUAUUAAAUUCUCUGUGUAAUAGACCAGGAACAUGUGACUCUGUAAUAUCAAGUCGAGAAAUGUGGCCGCAAAGACCUGGAACAAGUAACACAGUCCUGUUUCCAAGUAUCCAAUCCAAUGAAUUAAUUCAAAAGAAGAAGAUGGAACAAAUUAAAGAAGAGCAGAGAGAGAAUGAAGAAACAGAAAGUGAUCAAAAUGAAGAAAAUGAGUUAAUGAAGGAGCAAGAAAAAGGAGAUUCCUUUAUCAACAGAAAUGUGACUAGUCGACAAGCUCUUCAUCCAGCAAAAGUGACUUGGAUCAGCCUCACAGACAACCUACAAGAGGAAGCAAGGCCUAAAACUUCACCAGAAAGGAUUAUCUCUGAAUUCCCAAUACAGCAAUCACUUAAUGAGAGACAGGAGCAAGAAUAUGUGAAACCACGAAUACAAAGUCAUCAACAGUCCUUGGGUUCAGCCUGUGUUAGUCAUGGUCGUGCAGGACAGGAGCUGUGUUACUUGUGCAUGCAACGAGCUCAAAACAAUGUGCCAGUAUCUUUUGCUGAGGAGAGACAGCGUAAGGAAAAAGAUGAUGAACGUGUGCUUAUACAGUAUCAGCAGCAGAAAGACCAAAAUGAACUGCUGAAGCAGCAGGCUCAAUUAUUGGCUGCCAGAGAACAAAAUCAGAAAGUGUCGUCUUUCAACCUUGGUGUUUCAGAAGCUAUUAGAAACAGAAAGAAUGCACGAUCAAUUGAUUUUCAAAAUUCCUAUAUUUUGUUGAAGAGGCCUUUGACUCCACCACGCUUUCCCAAACAACAGCAAUAUCACCACAACCUUGCUCAGCAGGUGGAAAUGCGUAAGGAGAAGGAGUCUAAAAGAAAACAAGAUGAAGAUUUUCUUGACCGACUUGAACAAGUGCAGCUAGCUGAAGAUCUUGCUGCUGAAAAGGAAAAACGUUUGACUAAAAAAGUUGAAAGCAUCUCUGCAUAUCAAAAGCAACUUGAUGCCCAGCUGAAGUCAAAGCCACCUGGUGUACCUAAGUUUGAGCCAGAUUCUGAUGGCCCUAUCUUUGGCAUUCAUGACCUAACCAAUGAGAAACUGCUACAGAAGAGACAGCGUGCUCACCAAAUCUACAGACAACAACUGGAGGAAUCUGCCAAGAAGAAGAGAGAUGCUCUUUUCAAUCACAUUAUGGAGCAGAAGAAGGAGCAGGACUUGCUUGAGAAAUCUAGGAGAGAACUGAUUACGGACCGUAUGUCUCGCUAUGAGAAGCUCAGCCAUAUACGAAAGUCUCUGCAGGACGACUGGGCACGAAGUAUUGAGACCAAGCACCAGCGCGAGCAACAAGAGGAGCAGUACACCAAGUCAGGAGGCAUGUUGUUACUGGACCAGUGUGAAAAAUAUAGACGCUGUUUCCAGUGCAAAAGACGCCCAAGUAACUGUGGUGAAUCUAACAUCUGGAAAGAAUCGAGGUACAUCCCUGGAUCACGACUGAUGGUGUAGAAAUGAAUAAUUGAAGCUGCGUUAUUUUCUUGUGUGUACUGUUCCUUCUGUGCUCUCUGCGGCAGCUGUGCAUACAGUCGCUCUGACUGGAAGCUUACGCUGCAUGACGCCGGGUUUUGAUUGUAGUCCACUUUUUCUGUUUCAAUUUCAGGCAAGUUCUUAGGUGCUUGACAUUCACUGCCUUGCAUAACCCAUCAUACUGCAUACGAGUCAAACUGCUAGAAAAAUAUUUGUUUUUCAGUUUGAGGUUAACAAGUACUAAUCACAAAAUUUCGGAGUGAUUAACCGUUUAAAAGUACAUGUUGGUCAGACUUCUGAGUGAGAAUGUCACUGUACUCUGCACAUGUGCCAAUGCUGUUACUACUACUACUACCAAGCGAAUAUAUUUUGCACUGUUUUAUUGUGUCACCCAUCAUUAAGUCACAAGCAUGAGAUGACUAAACGGUCCUGCAUUCUGUUAGGCCACAAAGCCUCAACAUCUGUAAGAUUCGCGAGUACAGGAUAGCCUGUGCGGUGGGUGUCAGUUCAAUUUUAAACAUGAUGUGCCAUGGGGUCUGCUAGAGCUUGAAAGAGGCAGCACUGCUGGACGUCAAAAAA